CAAUGACGACCGCUCUAUCCACGUCUCAGGCCAUACCACCUAGCUUUGAUAAUGUAGGCGUCGAUGAGCUCGGGGGCAAGAGCGCACCAUCCAAGUAUGACGCCGCGAACGGGUACACACGCUCCUCCCCGACUCUCCCCACCCUUGACAAGCUGGGGGUGAAGAGAUUGCCCAGCGGUCUUGAAGCACGGAGUAUUGCCCGAGACUGGCUAGAGGAGUUCGGGAGGUAUAUGGAAUCCUGCGAUGUGGAGGGGGUCCUCUCACUUCUCGUGGACGAUGCUUUCUGGAGAGACAUCCUUGCCAUGACCUGGGAUUUUCGCACUUUCCAGUCGAAAUCACGUAUCAAGCGCUUCCUGCAGGAUCGCCUGACAGCGAGUCAAUGCUCCUCGUUCGAGUUGAAUGCGACCACAGUGAAGCUGGAGACGCCAUACCCUGACCUUGCCUGGGUUCAGGGUCUAUUCACCUUCGACGUCGUAGACGGAAGAGCGUCCGGCGUAUUCCGACUUGUCCCUGUCCCAACUUCCAGCGGAGACAUUCAAUGGAAAGCACAUUCCGUACUGACCAACCUCGAAGAUUUAAAGGGUUUUCCGGAGAAGAUUGGUCCGUUGCGCGAUCAGUUGCCCAAUCACGGGAAAUGGCUUGAUAAACGACGCCGGGAGAUAGAGUUCAUUGAUCAAGACCCAAAGGUAAUCAUCGUCGGGGGCGGUCAAAGCGGGCUCGAAGUCGCGGCUAGACUGAAGCACCUUGAUAUCCCCACUCUGGUGGUCGAGCGCCAUCCGCGUAUCGGGCAUAAUUGGAGGACUCGUUAUGAGGCACUCUGCUUGCAUGAUCCCGUCUGGUAUGAUCAUAUGCCGUACCUCCCGUUUCCUCCAUCAUGGCCGGUUUACACGCCCGCGAUGAAGCUUGCAGACUGGCUAGAAUCAUAUGCUCAUCAUUUGGAACUCAACGUCUGGACGUCGUCCGAAGUCGUGAGAGCGGAACAAGAUGACUCGACGAAGAAGUGGACCGUUACAAUCAAUCGGUUGGACUCGGGAGAUAAACGAGUCUUCAUAGUCGACCACCUGAUUUGCGCGCUUGGAAUUGGCGGCGGCAAGCCGAGAAUGCCUAUUUACCCGGGCAUGGACCAAUUCAAAGGUCGCAUCACACAUUCCGCUCAGCACAAGAGCGCUAAAGACCAUGUCGGCAAGAAGGUCGUCAUCGUCGGAUCGUGCACGUCUGCACAUGAUAUAGCUGCUGAGCACGCUGAGCACGGCGUCGAUGUCACUAUGGUACAGAGAAGUCCGACAUACAUCAUGAGCACCAAGGAGGGAAUGCCUCGAUUGCUUGGUCCCCUCUAUUCGGAGAAUGCGCCUCCUACGGACGUCGCUGACAGAAUUAACGCCUCAUUUCCUAACCCUCUGAUGAAGCUGAUGCACCAACGCGUCGUGAAAGAUAUCGCGGAAGCGGAUAAGGAUAUCCUCGACGGUCUGUCGCGCAGAGGCUUCAAGCUAGGUUGGGGCGAGGAUGGUUCAGGCUUCCUCUACUUGGCUUGGAAGAGAGCCGGCGGUUAUUAUUUAGACGUCGGGGCCAGCCAGAUGAUCAUCGAUGGCAAGAUCAAGCUCAAGAGCGACAGUCUGAUGGAUCAUUUCACCUCAUCUGGCAUCAAGUUCCAAGACGGGAGCGAACUACCUUGCGACGUGGUCAUAUUCGCGACUGGGUACGACGAUCCGCGAGACGCGGUCAUCAGGAUACUGGGGAAUAAGGUCUCCAGUACGUUGAAACCCAUAUGGGGUCUCAGUGACGAAGGUGAGAUCAACGGUGCCUGGAGGGACUUGGGCAUUCCCAAUCUGUGGUAUAUGAUGGGGAAUUUAGCACUAUGUCGCUUCCAUUCAAAGCACCUUGCUCUACAGAUAAAGGCCUUAGAGGAAGGCAUAUGGGAUGGAACUCGAUACAGCGCGUAAGGGACCUGCAACUACUUACA